GGCGUUGAAGUUAUUGGUGGCUGCGGUUCAUGUGCUGUCCUCUCACGUCGACAAAUUACUAUGUAGCCCGUGUUGCCGAGAGCUACGAGCUGGACCACUGAGAGCAUCAAGUGAGCCACAGAGAGCUACUCCGCUGGACACCGUGGAUACUCAGCCACACGGUACUGCGCUGAUUCAAAAUGGCCGCCACCGAGGGCAGUAUGAAGGAAGUGCUCACUCAGAAGGCGCACGAACUGUUUGCGCUCUGCGACAGAGAAAACAAGGGCUUCAUCGGAAAACGCGAUAUGCAGCGGAUGAUCCAGGAGCUGCCGCUGGAGCCAGACCAGCUGGAGGAUGUGUUCGACUCUCUGGAUGUGGACGGCAACGGCUUCCUCACACUGGAGGAGUUCACGGCGGGCUUCGGCUCGUUUCUGGGUCUCGACGAGGCGGACGGAGAGGAGCCGUCCUCCGAGGACCCCGGGAGGACCUCGGAGGACCGCGGGAGGAGGACGGCAGAGGAGGAGGAGGAGGACGAGGAGGAGAGGUUCACGGACUUCUUGGUGCAGGCCGGAGCCACCGAGCUGCUGGAGGAGAGCGAGGCUGCGCUCCGCCAGAUGUGGCGCCGUCUCCAGCAGGAGGAGACACACCGCCAGCAGGAGGAGACACACCACCAGCAGCAGGAGACACACCGCCAUCAGCACGCCGACCAGCAGGGGCCGGCGCUGACAGAGACGUUCGGGAGACUGCUGGGGGAGAUCGCAGCCCGCGAGAGACGCGCCCGGUCCGAGCAGGAGACGCUGGAGACGGCGCUGAAACACCAGCAGGAGACCAUGCAGAGCCAGAUGAAGAGUAUGUUUGAGGAGAUGGAGGCGCAGAUCGCCUCUGAGAGGGGCAAAAGUGACCUACAGGAGGAGCAGCGACAGGCCAAAAUCCGUGAGGACCUGGAGGCGCAGGUGGCAAUCAAAGAACUGGAGGCGCAAAUGGCCAGGCAGAGACUGACAGAACUGACGGAGCAGCUGGCUAAAGUGACGUCAUCAGACGCCCAGCAGCGCCAGGAGAUCGCCCAGCUGCAGAAACAAAAGGACAGUUACGAGUCGGAGGUGGUGCGUCAGCAGCAGCUGAUUGCCGAUCUGCAGGCGGCAGCUGAACAGAGCAGGGCGCUGACGAGGGAGGAGAGGAGAAAACGAGCCAUGGCGGCGUUCAACGUCACAGAGAACAUAGCCACCGAGAGAGAGGAUUUGGUGAAGCAGUUGGACCUGCUGCGGACGAUCAACACAAAACUGAUGGACGAACGGGACUCGGGGAUGGAGACCGGGAAAACCCAGAGCAGACAGGAGCGGGGAGACAGCCUGGCCAAUAUCAAAGAUCUGAUGGGUAUCGACGUUCGUCAUAAUGACCAACAGCGAAACGGCCCCGCUAGAUCGCCAGAGAGAAGUCCAGUUGGGGGCGGUCUCCUAGUCCCAGACGGUGUAGACGGAAUUCAGGAGUCGGAUUGUGAGGUGGACGAGGUCUACUUUGAGAAUAACCCGGACGUGGUCCAGCGUGUGCCGGUCAUCCCGCUCUCGCCGGCCUACAAGGGCCCUCUGCCGCUGCGCGGAGACCCGGCCUCCCUGCUGGACGAACUGCUGGAGGAGCAGGACAUGCUGCUGCUGGAGGAGCAGGACAUGCUGCAGCCGCUGCCGUCAGCGGCAGCCGCCCCCGGGGCAGGGUCGGAGACGGACGACACGCACACACUGCAGCGACACCGGCGCAGGAACCGUAGCCACCACGGUGAUCGGCAUCACUCGUCGACGCUGCUCAUCUACCACCAGGGCCAGAUGGCGCGCGAGGCGGCUGACCACCCCUCUCCGGAGACACCCGGCAACUCGCUGACACGGACACACAGAGAGAACUCCCCGACGCCCUCUGCGGCCUCCACUGUAAUCCAGCCGCAGAGAGUGUACAAAGUCGUCAUCAUCGGAGACGCCGGCGUCGGCAAGUCCAGCUUCGUGCAACGGUCGUGUACGGGCGAGGUGCGCCCCAGUUACGCAGCCACCAUCGGAGUCGACUUUCAGGUGCAAACGGUGGUGAUAGAGGACCAGACCGUCUGUAUUCAGCUCUGGGACACCGCAGGCCAGGAGCGGUUCCGCAGUAUCACCAAGCAGUACUUCCGCAAGGCGGACGGUGUGUUUGUCAUGUUCGACGUCACCUCGGAGACGUCGUUCCGCAACUGCCGCCAGUGGAUCCAGGACGUCAAGGAGCUGUCGGCCGAGGAGACGGCCCUGAUCCUGCUCGGGAACAAGACGGACCUCUGCCCGGACCCGCAGCUGCGCGUCGUCAAACCGGACACGGCCGCCAUGUUGGCCAGCGACUGCGGCGCCCUCUAUAACGAGUGCAGCGCCCUCCAGGACGUGGGUGUUGGCAGCGUGAUGGAGCUGAUGGCCGAGCUGCUGCUACAGAAGGAGGACGGCGCUCUGGAGAGGGCGCUGACCCUGCUGCCCGACCAGGCGCCGCGGAAAGGAUGCUGCAAGAAGUAGCGACUGAAGGUGCUAUAAACACUGCCGAGGACUAACUGUGGGCUGGUGUUUGUACGGUACGGUGACGAAUGCAGUUACGUUAUUCGUCAGUCGCAAACAAUAUAUCAGUUCUCGUACAGCGCACAGGCGCUCAGUGCAUGAAGCGGUUCUGCAGGGAGGUCCUGGACAUGCUGGGUGAGAGAUGCUUGUUGAUCGAGUGUUCUCGCUAGGUUUUGAAUAAUCGGGCAGUUGUCGAGUUUGCACCGCUAUUCCGAAGGUAGUGCAUGUGUAGGUAUAUGUUUCGCUUAUGUAUUUGAGAUGGGGAUAGGUACCACAAACUGCAUUGGCCACUCUGAGAGGACAAACCAGACCUGGCUCUUGAACUGCUGUCUCAUUGUAAUGGUGGGAAUGCUAAAAUAUGUGAAUGCACUGUGAAGUGAAGAACUCUUGUACCAUUGGGUUUUGCGAGUGUGUAGAUUUAACGAUGACUUUUCGGUUGUGUCAGCGCAGAGUACCGGAGUGGGUGUCGGAGUGUCGGUCCGCCGAGAAGCGUCCACAACAGUGUAUGUCAGGAGACCAGGCUGGGGAGGAAGCGUCCACGAUAGCACCCAGAGUCCUAUUCCCAGACUUUGGGGAAGCGUCCCGCGGCGGUGUCUGUCUGUCUGCCGAGGGAAGUGAUGUGAUGUCUGCCGAGGGAGGUGAUAUGAUGUGAUGUCUGCCGAGGGAGGUGAUGUGAUGUCUGCCGAGGGAGGUGAUAUGAUGUGAUGUCUGCCGAGGGAGGUGAUGUGAUGUCUGCGGAGAGGAGGAUGUGAUGUGAUGUCUGCGGAGGGAGGUGAUGUGAUGACCGCCGAGGGAGGUGAUGUGAUGUGAUGUCUGUGGAGGAGGAUGAUGUGAUGUGAUGUCCGCUGAGGUGAUGUGAUGUGAUGACCGCCGAGGGAGGUGAUGUGAUGUCUGCGGAGUUAGGUCGGGAGUCCUGUCUCCGGGGAAGUGCGUGCAACUCCAACAGUGUCGGCCACGUGGCUGCUGAGCCACGGCUCCGCCCAGCCCGGGCUUAGAACUCCUAUCGCCCCCCCCCCCGGCCUCUUAUUCAAACAUGUUGCAGAUGUCUCUGACUUAUCAAACAGGAAACAUGUGCUGAAACGUGUUAGCGACGGUUGGCAUUUGAAACGGCGAAUAAAAGGAAA